GCCGUCAUCAAGUAGUGAAAUAGAUAAAUUAAAGUAAACCAAUAUUUUUAUUACUUAAUCCGCAAGUGUAGUGUUAAACGUGAGAAAUGUCGCGACCGGACAGACCUAAUCAAGCGCAGACCUAUAAGCUGGUUGUGGUUGGCGGCGGUGGAGUCGGAAAGAGUGCCAUUACUAUACAAUUUAUUCAGAGUUAUUUUGUAACAGACUAUGACCCCACUAUAGAAGACAGCUACACAAAGCAGUGUGUCAUUGAUGAUGUUCCAGCAAAGUUGGAUAUUCUAGAUACUGCUGGUCAGGAAGAAUUCAGUGCAAUGCGAGAACAGUACAUGAGGUCCGGCGAAGGUUUCCUGCUGGUGUUCUCCGUAGCUGACCAUGCCAGCUUUGACGAGCUGUGCAAAUUCCACAAACAGAUCCUACGUGUCAAAGACCGCGAUGAGUUCCCAAUGCUAAUGGUCGGAAAUAAAGCUGAUUUGGAACAUCAGAGAGUGGUAUCAUUAGACGAAGCUCAUGCGUUAUCGCGGCAAUUGAAAGUACCCUACAUAGAAUGCAGUGCCAAAGCUCGGAUGAAUGUGGACCAGGCCUUCCAUGAACUGGUCAGAUUGGUCCGUCGCUUCCAAGAAGCUGAACGAAUCAACAUGAAACCAAACCAAAAGAGCAACAAAAAGAGGAAUUGUAAUAUUUUGUAACAAACUCGUGUAUGGAAAUAUGUUUUUUUUUCAAUAUAAUAUAUAUUGUCAGUAAUUUUUGACAUAUGUCUUAUAUUGGAGAAAUUAAGGAAAAAGUUUGGUGUCGAUUUUUUUUGUUUCGUUGUGGCUUAAUGGAUUUAAGAUCAAAAAAGUCUAGUUGAUUUUUUUAUUUAUUUAUGUUCUAUUUAUUUUCGAUGUAUAUAUAUUGUUUGAUAUUAUUUUAGAAUUUUGUAAGAAACGAGAUUUAGGUGGAUUUUUUUUCAUUUGUAUACAACAGUUAUGUAACACAUAGUAAAUGUAAUACAGUGUAAAUGUAAUCAGGGUACAGAUAAUGUUCUUAUACAAGUUGGUAUAUUGAAGUAUUCUGUUGUCUAUGGUACCCUCAGUGUUGCUAUACCUAAGUGCUCCGAUGUUUUUUUUUUUAAUUUUUUAGUUCACAUUUUUGCGAAAAAUUAACUUUUAAAUUAUGAAAAAAAAUCAU